CCUGAAGGCCUCCUGGUGAUCAUGGAUUACAAACUGCAUCCCACCUGUUGAUCACUGGUUUCACAAGUAAAAUCCAGGUUUAUGAGCAGAUUUCUUAAAUCAAGACAAACGAUGUGGGCCAGAGCUGUAAUACUUUUCAUUGGUGUGUUAUUCCAUUACCAGCAGGCCUUAGCAGUGGAUACCUACAUGGCUGAGUUCAUGAUAGAAAGCAAUGCUACGUUGUACGUCUCUGGUGCUCUAUCAGCAAUCAAGCAAGUAGCAACACCUAAUACAACAAUGACUAUUGAACUGCUUGAACUAACAACAGAAUGUAAAAUUGUCGGGAAUGCUUCUACGUGUAACUGUUCAUCAGCGUACAUCUGGAGUAACGACGUGUGUGGCAAUUUCCAGUGUUGCAAUUACUCAUAUUGUAACACAAAUAUUUCUGACUACCCAGCCCUCUGCAUACCCAAAGUGAAAGUUCGCUUUAAUGGAACAGUCCAAGUGAGAAUAACAAUUAAUCAAACUGAUACUAUCAAAAAACAGCUUACAGAUGGUUUUAAACAAUUACAUGGGUUUGAGUGCCUCAAUGUGUCUGGACCGAGGGAUGGUGGACAAAUUGUUGAUUUCAAAGUGGAUCUCAGUGUCAUAUUUCUGACUGAUACACUUGCAAAAAUAAUAGCUGACCUGGAACCUACUGUUGGCAAAAUAGCUGUUGAAACAUCAGGACUCGUGAGCAUUCAGUAUCCAUUGGGCACAGUGAAAUUCUCCUCAACACCGACGCUAAACUGCAGAUUUGAAGAGAAAACAAACGGCUCUUGGAACUGGAACCUGUUAAAAGGAAAUAAGACAUUUGAUCUGAACACUGGAAGCAGCAUAACAGUCUCAUUACCCAAUGAAACGCCACACAAUUGUACCACAGUCCAAAUUAUAAAGUUGUCAGGGAACUGGGCAGGGAUUUAUAAGUGUGGAUUUUCCAAAGGGUCCAUUGUGCACACAGCCACUGCAGAGUUGAAGAUAGCCCUGCUACCAGAUAAGAUCACCAUGACGAUUGACCCACUAACUGUAGAAUGCCCAGAUGCAGUGCCUCCUGUGACAGUCACCGCAACCAUCGAUAACAGCACAGAGCAAUACACGGUCACUUGGUCAUACCAAAAUAAUCUCCAAACUCCAAAUCUCCAAACUCAACCAGUACCACCAGCGGGGAUAGCAUACACCACAGUGAUAUCUAUAAAUUGCAGUCCACCAAGCUCACCCCAUGUUGUCAUCGUCAGCUUUACAAACCAGAUGGAUGAGAUCAAGAAAGCAAGCAUAACUAUCCCAGUGAUAUAUGCUCAUGACAAGAACCAGGCUUGUCCUGAAGACAAUAAUGUUUGGCCAAAAACCCCAAAAGGUGUAACUGUCACCAUCCGAAAAUGUGAGGUGAAUAGAGUUGGGUACAAAGAGCGGACAUGCAAGGGGCCUGAGUGGAUGGAGGUGCUGGAUAACUGUGUCAAUGAGGAGCUCAGCAAAGUUGUCAAUGCAGCAGCAAAUUUUAAAGAGGGACUUGGGGCCACUCUUCAGGUUGCUAUUCAAAUCUUUUCUGAUUUGAAAAAUAGCAUGGUUGCUGACUCAGUUGCUGAUCUGAGUGCAUCCAUCAAUGUGCUGGAUACCAUGUCGAGUGCAUCAAAAACCAUCACCCUGGAUAACUCCAUUUUAGAUACAUUUCUUGAUGCAGCGAGCAACAUGUUGAAUAACACUUGGAAGGCAGUCAACAAAACCCUUGAAUACGACAUGUCCUCAAAAUACCUCACGUCUAUCGAGGGUCUAGUGAAUAACAUCAAAAUGAAUACCAGUGAGGGAAAUGACACCCCAAAUAUACAACUCAAACUCUGCAAUGUUCAGAACGGCACAUCUUGCAAUGACAUUGUGUUUGGUGUAGAGGUCAAAUUGGCCUUGUCCUCGGGAAUAGUGAAAACUGUGGGAGUAAAAAACCUAGCCGACAAAUUAAACAAUUCUAAAUUCUCAGACUAUAAAUUCCCUAGCAUUGUGGUGUCAGCCACACUGCAAAACAGCAAUGACUCCAAAAUAGACAUCAAAUUGGACUUUCCCAUCAACCAGUCGAUGACUCAAGACUCCAACAUCCUCUGUGUGUUCUGGAACACCACAUUGAACGAAUGGUCUGAAGAAGGCUGCAAGUGGAAGAAAGGGGUCAACAAUAGAAGCUAUUGUGAGUGCACCCACCUGACCUCUUUUUCAGUGCUGAUGUCAAAGAUCCCGGUGACCCUGCUCUUUCUGGAUGAGAUCACCUACGUGGGCCUCGGCGUGUCCAUCUGCUCCCUCAUCAUCUUCCUCAUCAUCGAGGCGCUGGUGUGGUCGGCCGUCGUCAAGUCCAACCUCUCGCACUUCCGCCACACGGCCCUGGUCAACAUCUCUCUGUGCCUGUUACUGGCCGACUGCAGUUUCCUGGCCGCCUGCUUCCCCAGCAUCAAAACCUCUACCUGGUGCCUCGUCCUGACCGUGACCAAGCAGUACUUCUUCCUGGCUAUGUUCUGCUGGAUGCUAUGCCUCAGCAUCAUGCUACUACACCAGCUCAUCUUCAUCUUCCACCCGCUGAGGAAGAGGGUAUAUCUGCUCCUGUCCACCAUCCUCGGCUACAUCUGUCCCACAGUGAUAGUGUCAGCUACCUAUGUGUACUACAAAUACACAGGGAAACCCUACCACAACACGGAAACCUGCUGGCUCACUUACGAGGGACUUCUGAAAGGGUCCAUUCACGCCUUUCUUCUGCCCGUCGGGACGAUUAUUUUGAUGAAUCUCUUCUCCAUGGGUGUUGUCAUCAUGACACUCCUAAAGUCCACUGUCUCUGAUGGGAGUAAAGCCGAUGAGAAAGAGGCAGCCAAAAGCAUCAUGAAAGUGAUGGUCUUUUUAACGCCAGUCUUUGGAGUAACAUGGGUUUUGGGAUUCUUUGUGCUGCUCAGUGAUAUCAACUCACCAAUGAGUGUUCUGAUGAAUUAUGCUUUCACCAUCAUAAACUCCUUUCAGGGCCUCUUCGUUUUGCUGACUGGAUGUUUUGCAGAGAAAAGGGUGAAAGAUGAGGUGUUGAAACUUUUCUUGGCUGGGACACGUACUACCAAAGGGACAAGUGAGAGUACAAAAGACCUGACAAAGUCCACUUCAAAUAAUUGAUGAACAUCAAG